AUGCUGGCUGCGCCCCCUCCAUCCUCUAGCUGUGGGUGGGGCCCGUGCCUGGAUGACCCUCCUGCCAAGGACAUCAUCGACUUCCCCUCAGUGCCGCCUGGCGUCCUCUAUGAUGUGAGCCACCAGUGCCGCCUCCAGUAUGGGGCCUACUCUGCCUUCUGUGAGGACAUGGAUAAUGUCUGCCACACACUCUGGUGCUCUGUGGGGACCACCUGUCACUCCAAGCUGGAUGCAGCCGUGGACGGCACCCGGUGUGGGGAGAAUAAGUGGUGUCUCAAUGGGGAGUGCGUACCCGUGGGCUUCCGGCCCGAGGCCGUGGAUGGUGGCUGAUCUGGCUGGAGCGCCAGAUCCAUCUGCUCGCGGAGCUGUGGCGUGGGCGUACAGAGCGCCGAGCGGCAGUGCACGCAGCCUACGCCCAAAUACAAAGGCAAAUACUGUGUGGGUGAGCGGAAGUGCUUCCGCCUCUGCAACCUACAGGCCUGCCCCGCUGGCCGCCCCUCCUUCUGCCACAUCCAGUGCAGCCACUUUGACGCUACGCUUUACGAGGGCCAGCUGCACACAUGGGUGCCCGUGGUCAAUGACGUGAACCCCUGCGAGCUGCACUGCUGGCCCUCGAAUGAGUACUUUGCUGAGAAGCUGCGGGACGCCGUGGUCGAUGGCACCCCCUGCUACCAGGUCCGGGCCAGCAGGGACCUCUACAUCAACGGCAUCUGCAAGAACGUGGGCUGUGACUUUGAGAUUGACUCCGGUGCUAUGGAGGAUCGCUGUGGUGUGUGCCACGGCAACGGCUCCACCUGCCACACCGUGAGCGGGACCUUCGAGGAGGCCGAGGGUCUGGGGUAUGUGGACGUGGGGCUGAUCCCAGCUGGCGCACGCGAGAUCCGCAUCCAGGAGGUGGCCGAGGCUACCAACUUCCUGGCACUGCGGAGCGAGGACCCGGAGAAGUACUUCCUCAAUGGUGGCUGGACCAUCCAGUGGAACGGGGACUACCAGAUGGCAGGGACCACCUUCACAUAUGCACGCAGGGGCAACUGGAAGAACCUCACGUCCCUGGGUCCCACCAACGAGCCUGUCUGGAUCCAGGUGCCUGCCUCCCGAGGCCCAGGGUGGGGGAGCGGAGGCGCAGUCCCCAGGCCCAGCACCCCUCAUGGCAGGUCUCGUCCUGGAGGAGUGAGCCCUGGGUCAGUCACAGAGCCUGGCUCUGAGCCAGGCCCUCCUGCUGUGGCCUCUACCUUGGUUUCCCUAUCUUUAAAAUGGCCCAAUGGUGUAGCUGCAGUUCACAGAGGUGGCUGGAUGGCUCCUUUAGGACUGGGUGGAUGGAGAAGACACCUCGUACUCACGGGCUCCUGCCUGCCCACCCAGCUGCUGUUCCAGGAGAGCAACCCCGGGGUGCGCUACGAGUACACCAUCCACAGGGAGGCAGGCGGCCAUGGCGAGGUCCCGCCACCCGAGUUCUUCUGGCACUAUGGGCCCUGGACCAAGUGCACAGUCACCUGCGGCAGAGGUGAGAAGUGGGGCAGGCACAGCCCUGCCAGCAGGGACUUCGUCUGUGGACAGGGACGCUGGCUUCAGCUUCCAGCUCACUGCUGGGCCACCACGGGUUUGGAAGUUGGCUUCUCUGAGCCUCAGUUCCCCAUCUGUGAGAUGAGGCUGGCAACCGCCCCAUGUCCCAGGCGCACUGGGAGGGUAAAUGGAUGAGGCAGGUGGGUGCUGGCUCGUGGCGCGUGCUCAGUGUGCUCCAGCUCUUGUCGUUCUCCCUGAAGCAGACACAGCUCCCUCUUGAUUGUGUCCUUGCUCAGCUGCGGCAGGUCUUGUGCCUGCAUUUCUGCUGCGUCCUGGAGACCAGUCCAGUGGCGCCUCACCGUGCUGACUUAUUUCCCUGAACUAUUUAUGAAAAGUAGGGCAAUUUCUUUAACUCCGACUCUUCCUCCCCAUAUUUCCCUCAGUCUCCCCCCAUGCUUCUCAGUCCCCGCUCUCU